AUGUCACCCCCAGGGGACUUCGAGACGCCCUCGGGGGUCCCGUUCGUGGUGGUCGAGGUGCCGUACGCGGGGGGGGAGGUGGCGCUGCUGCUGCUGUCACCUGAGAGGCGACACGUCCCCAUCGCCGCCCUGCGGCCGCUGCUGGACGCGCGCAGUGUCACCCACUGGGUGACAAACCUGAGCCCCGCCCCCCGCGUGCUCGUGGUGCCACGCUUCUCCCUGGAGACCUCCUGGGAUCUCCGGGAUCCCCUCAAAUCCUUGGGGAUCCUCGACCUCUUCGAUCCCGAAACCGCCGACUUCUCCCCGGUCUCAGGUGAGGAGCACCUGGUGCUGGGCCAGGUCCUGCAAAAAGUUCGGGUGGAGGUGACGGAAAACGGCACCGAGGCGGCCUCGGCUUCAGCUGCCGUGGUUUAUUCCCGUAUGGCCCCCCUGGAAAUUGUCUUGGAUCAUCCCUUCCUCUUCCUCAUCCGGCACCACCCCACAGGAACCAUCCUGUUUGUGGGGCAGACCCUCCCCCCCCCCCCCCCCGGGAAUCUUCGGGACCCCCCCAGGACCCCCCGGCACCUGCGGACAGGUGUGUCCCCUCUCCAGGUGUCCCCCCACCCCCGUCGCUCCCGCACGUGGCCCCGCCCGGGGGGGAUGGGAUGUGAUGUGUCCCCCCACGGUGACCAUGGUGACAUCGCUGGACACCUCCGGCCACCCCCGGGCCUGAGUGACCGCUGGCACAGCCUGGACAUGCGCGACAUCCCCAGCGACGGUGGCACCUCCCGCAGUGACAUUUCCCGCGGUGGUGGCACUUUGCACGGUGGCGGCUCCUCCCACGGUGACAACUCCUCCCACAGGGACAUUUCCCACGGGGGUGGGACCUCCCGUGGCGUCGUCACCCACGGUGACACCUCCUCUCAUGGUGACUCUUCCUCUGGUGGCUUCUGCCGUGGUGACCCCUCCCAAAAUGGCGACAACUCCCGUGGUGACAUCUCCAAUGGUGACAUCUCCAACGGCGGUGACAUCUCGUGUGGUGACAUUUCCCAUGGUGGCAUCUCCAAUGGUGACAUCUCCAACGGCGGUGGCAUCUCCAGUGGUGGUGGCAUCACCAAAAGUGACACAUGCCAUGGUGGCAUCUCCCAGGGUGACAUCAGCCACAAUGACAUUUUCCACGGUGGUGGCACCUCUCAUGUUGUGACUGCCCAUGGUGGCACUUCCCACGGUGACAUCUCCAGCAGUGACAUUGGCCACAAUGACAUUUCUUAUGGCAGCGUCACAGCCCGCAGUGACAUCUCCAGUGGUGUCACCUCCCGUGGCGAUGGCAUCUCCCACGGUGGCACCUCCAAUGGUGACAUCUCCAACAGGGACAGCUCCAAAAGUGACAUUUCCCAUGAGGGCAACAUCUAUGGUGGCAUCGCCCAAGUUGUCAUCUCCUGCAGUGACAUCUCCCAUGGUGGCACCUACAACAGGGACAUCUCUCAUGGCAGUGACACCUCCCACGGUGACACCUCCAAAAGUGACUUCUCCAACAGUGACAUUUCCACCAGUGACAUCUCCAACAGUGAUACCUCCCAUGAUGGUGGCACCUCUCGCAGUGUCACCUCCCACGGUGUCACCUCCCAUGAUGGUGGCGCCUCCCACGGCGUCACCUCCCACGGUGCCACCUCCCCCGGCAGUGCCACCCCGUCUCCCCCGCUGCUGCUGCUGCUGCUGUCCCACCACCCGCGGUGGCCUGUCCCGCUGUCCCCUGUCCCCCUGCUGCUCCUGCUGCUCUUUGUCCCCUGUCCCCAACCCUCUCUGGCCGCCACCUUCAAGGUGGGCGUGCUGGGUCCCUGGGGCUGCGACUCGGUGCUGGCGCGGGCGCUGCCGGACGUGGCCUCGCGCCUGGCGGUGGCGCGGCUCAACCGCGACGCGGAGCUGACGGCCGGCUACUGGUGGGACGCGGUGGUGCUGUCCGAGGCCUGCGGCACGCCCCAGGCCGUGGCCGGACUGGUCAGCGCCGAGCGUUACGCCAGCGCCAUCGUGGGUCCCCUCAACCCCGCGGCCUGCGGAGCCGCCGGGCUCUUGGCCGCGGCCUGGAACAAGCCCUUGGUGUCGUGGGCGUGCGCCGGGGCCGGAGCGGUCACUCUGGUGAACCCGCUGCCCGCUCCGGCCGGCGUCCUGCACGCCGUGCUGCGUUAUUUCCGCUGGGCGCACGUGGCCGUGGUGGCCGCGCCGCAGGACCUGUGGGUGGACACCGGGCAGGAGCUGGCGAGGGAGCUGAGGGCCAGGGGGCUGCCGGUCACCGUGGUGGCCACGGCCGGAGAGGACGAGGACGAGGCGGAGAAGGCGCUGAGGAGGGUGCAGAGAGCGGACGGGGUGCGAGUGGUGGUGAUGUGCAUGCACUCCGUGCUCCUGGGCGGCCGGGAGCAGAGGGUUCUCCUGGAGAAGGCCGAGGACCUGGGGAUGACGGACGGGACCUUCGUGUUCAUCCCGUACGACGCGCUGACCUUCGCGCUGCCCUACCGCCGCGUGCCCUACCCGGUGCUGGCCAACAACACCAAGCUGCGCCUGGCCUACGACGCCGUGCUGACCGUCACCAUCGACUCGCCCGACGCCUCCUUCCACGACGCCCUCGAGGAGGCCAAGAAGGCGUACGAGGUCCCCGCCAACCUCGACCCCGCGGAGGUCCACCCGCUCUUCUCCACCAUCUACAACUCCAUCUACUUCCUGGCCACGGCGGUGGAGGCCGCGCGCCGCAGCGGCCGCUGGGUGAUGGGCACCAGCGUGGCCGACCACGCCCGCGACUUCCGGCUCGAGGGCUUCUGCCAGACCUUCACCGUGGACGAGGACGGCGACGUCUCGGUGCCCUACGUGGUGCUGGACACGGACGGCAAAGGCCACCACCUGUGGGCGGUGUACGGGCUGGAGCCGGGCACGCGCGGCCUCAGCUACCGCAGCCACAGCCCCCACUGGCCCCACAGCGCCAGCCCGGCCACCGACGCCGGCUGCUGGUUCGACUCCGGAGCCAUCUGCAACGGCGGGAUGGAUGCCGGGUUUGUCUUCCUCAUGUUCCUCCUCAUCGCUGCCCUCAUCGCGGCCGGCGCCGCCCUCGCCUGCCACAUCAGGCGCCGCAUUCAGCAGGCGCAGCUCAUGAAGGGCCCCAACAAAAUCAUCCUGACCAUGGAGGACCUGACCUUCAUCAACACCCACAGCAGCAAACAGGUGGACAGCAGCCACGCCAGCCUGACCGGCCAGAGCGGGGGUGACACCAAGAGUGUCCGCAGCGCCACCCCCGGCCCGGACACCACCAACGUGGGCGUGGCCGAGGUGAGACCCUCCCCCCCCCCCGGCAGCAGCAACCUCCCCCUGCUCCUGCUCUUGUUUAACCAGCAGGGCCUUGUCGCCUCCGUGCAGGGUGACUGGGUGUGGCUGAAGAAGAUCCCGGGUGACCAGCACACGGAGGUGAAACCGGCCACCAAGCUGGCCUUCUGCAAGCUGCGGGACCUGCGCCACGAGAACGUGAACCUGCUCCUGGGCUUCUUCCACGACUGCGGCAUCUUCGCCAUCGUGUCGGAGCACUGCUCGCGCGGGAGCCUCGAGGACCUGCUGCGCAACGAGGACAUGAAGCUCGACUGGAUGUUCAAAUCCUCCCUGCUCAUCGACCUCAUCAAGGGCGUGCGGUACCUGCACCACCGCGACGUCGUCCACGGGCGCCUCAAGUCCCGGAACUGCGUGGUGGACGGGCGCUUCGUGCUCAAGGUCACCGACCACGGCUACAACCAACUGCUGGAGGCCCAGCGGGUGCCGGCCCUGCCCCCGCAGCCGCACGAGCGGCUGUGGACGGCGCCGGAGCUGCUGCGGGACGAGGCCCUGGAGCGGCGCGGGUCCUUCCGGGGGGACGUGUACAGCAUCGGGAUCAUCAUGCAGGAGGUGAUCUGCAGGAGCCCCCCGUACUGCAUGCUGGGGCUGCCCCCCGAAGAGAUCAUCGAGAAGGUUCAGCGCCCUCCCCCCCUGUGCCGCCCCGCGGUCUCGGCCGACCAGGCCCCGCUCGAGUGCAUCCACCUGAUGAAGGAGUGCUGGAGUGAGCAACCCGAGAAGAGACCGACCAUCGACCAGGUGUUUGACCAGUUCAAGGGCAUCAACAAGGGCCGCAAGACCAACAUCAUCGACUCGAUGCUGCGCAUGCUGGAGCAGUACAGCAGCAACCUGGAGGACCUGAUCCGCGAGAGGACCGAGGAGCUGGAGAUCGAGAAGCAGAAAACCGACAAACUCCUGACCCAGAUGCUGCCGCCGUCAGUGGCCGAGGCUCUGAAGAUGGGGACGCCGGUGGAGCCCGAGUACUUUGAGGAGGUGACGCUCUACUUCAGUGACAUCGUGGGCUUCACCACCAUCUCGGCCAUGAGCGAGCCCAUCGAGGUGGUCGACCUCCUCAACGACCUCUACACCCUCUUCGACGCCAUCAUCGGCUCCCACGACGUCUACAAGGUGGAGACCAUCGGCGAUGCCUACAUGGUGGCCUCGGGGUUGCCCAAGCGCAACGGCAACCGGCACGCCGGCGAGAUCGCCAACAUGUCCCUGGACAUCCUGAGCUCCGUGGGCACCUUCAAGAUGCGCCACAUGCCCGAGGUGCCCGUGCGCAUCCGCAUCGGGCUGCACUCAGGUCCGUGCGUGGCCGGCGUGGUGGGGCUGACCAUGCCGCGGUACUGCCUGUUCGGGGACACCGUCAACACCGCGUCACGCAUGGAGUCCACCGGGCUGCCCUAUCGCAUCCACGUGAACCAGCGCACCGUCGCCAUCCUGCUCUCGCUGCAGGAAGGGUUCAAGGUCGACAUCCGCGGCAAGACCGAGCUCAAGGGGAAGGGAGUGGAGGACACCUAUUGGCUCGUGGGGCGCGAGGGCUUCACCAAACCCAUCCCCACCCCCCCUGACCUCCUGCCGGGUGCGAGCAACCACGGGAUCAGCCUGGACGAGAUCCCGGCCGAGCGCCGGCGGAAGCUGGAGAAGGCGCGGCCGGGCCAGGUGCUGAAAUAG